CGUUUCCCCACUACAGAUGACGUCACGCCCAGCUAACGCGAUACGCACCGGGCCUAGAGGUUCGCUUAUUGCAGUAAAAAGAGAGGAAAAGGGAAACACGGAGGAGGAGUGUCCCGCUAAACCACCGCUUCUGUGCGCAACGACGCUUUUGCUUAUCGUUUAUUAUAAGUGAUUCUUCAGUCCUGAGAUGAAUUUCGAGCAGCCUCCUCCAUACCCAGGCAGUGGCCCAAGUGCUCCAGGCUACCCAGCUCAGGGCCCACCUCCCCAAGGGUACCCACCCCAGGGGUAUGCUCCUCAGGGGUAUCCAGUGAACAUGGAACAGCCUAAUCCAGCGUACCCUAACUACCCUCCUGGGUCAGUGGGACCUGGGGGUCCUUAUGCUGGCCCAGGACAGCCUCCGUAUGGAUACCCCGGACAACCACAGUAUGCCUGGCAGGGUGGACCCCCUCCUGGGCCCAUGUAUGGGGAAGCCCCUAAAAACACAGGGAUUUUUGACCCUAAUGGCCAUCCGUUGGGAAAGCCUUACUGGAACAAUGAUUGAUGUGUGUACUGCCCCCUAUCGCCAGGAAAGUGUACGUGGUGGAAGACAGGAGACGGGACGACACAGGAGACACAUGCCUGACAGCCUGCUGGACAGCCCUGUGUUGCUGCUGUCUCUGGGACAUGCUGACAUAACUGUUCGACCCCUCCCCCCAUCUCUGCAGCGUGCCCCAUCGACCCUUUUCCCUAUCUGCCUUAAGUCCUCUCCACCUUACAGCUCUCCUUUUGUUUCCUCUACAAGUUGUGUCCUUGUCUAUAAAUAAAUGCCUCAGUCCCUCGUGAAAGACCCUCCGCUCGGCGUGAAGCCCCCAGCGGGGGCCGAGCCCUCCGUAGGUUGCCCCGUAGCAGCUUGUAAAUGAGCAUCUAAACGCAACGUGAUUCUCAGGCUCCUCGCCCAAAUUAUGUUCCUACGCACAAUCAGCACACACACAAAUUAAGCUACCAAUGAAACGGUAGUAAAAGGGAGUGUUUCCACCAAAGGUGCUCCAGUGCUAGCUCAAGGCUAAUGGUAGAGCUGGCUUUCAUCUUAUAUUUUAGAAGAAAAACAACCACUUCUUCCUGUAAACGUUUGCGUCUCCAUCUGGUGAAUUAUGAGUGUCAGUGGAGGAUUACAGAGCAGGGGGAGCGUUUAUUCACACACAUCACUGCAUUUGUUUCCUAAAGUCCCUGCUCUGUUUUAUAAACCCCGUUUCAAACAACAGGUCACACAAAUGCUCUUUCUGGUGUUUGUGAGCUCUACUGCAAACAGGACUUACAUCCAGCGUUUCAGGCUGGUGUUUAUAAUUCAUAAUGGCCUUCGUUAAAAGAGCUAACGGCGUUUAUAAACUAUUUAUGAGGCAUUUAUUUAAAGGCAGGUUAUGGUGGAAAACAGAAAGCCACACUUGUUUAACUGGUUGCUGGUCUCUUUGAGCCCACCUCUGGUUCCUGAUUCUCCGUCCCAAACACAGAGUUGGGCUGAAAGGUUUUAGUUUUCCAUCUGGAGGCAGAACGAUGGAAGCCGAACUGGAGCUAAGCGAGUUCUGGCUCCACGUUUAGCACUGGAACCAGUUUGGUGGGAAAACUCCUAGAGAGGAUCUCAGGCUCAUCUGGUGUGAUGCUCUUUGGCACUUUACAAUGAUUACCUCUUUGUGGUCUCACCCCUGCCUGCCUGUUCCUCCCCCUCCCCACCCCUGCUACCACACCCAUUAUACCUAAGGCCCACCGCCAUUCCCACAAUUCACCAUAACCCCUGCUCUUACUGAGCCACGGGGCCAUCCUUAAACAGCUGAUGCCUGGAAUGUAUCACUUUGAUUUCUCACUAUUUGUUUAGCAGGUUUAUGUCUUUGAAUGGAAUCAUGAAAAUGAAUGCAAUGUUUUUAACGCCAGUGAUUUACGUCUGAUUACUGUUAAUGGCUGAAACGUUCUGUUUUUGCAUAAACUUCCGGUGGAAUGAUUCUAUUGUUUUUAUUCUGAAUCUAUGGAAAUAAACCUGACGAUAUGAAACCGUUGUGAAGCUCAACAGCAGAAACCCCUUUUGUUGGACGCCUUUUUGCUUUGGAUGAGAGUCUUGCAUUAAAGUAAUUUAUUGCUAAAAUUGAA